AGUCAUGCGUCCCUCAACGUCCGGUGGUAUUUAUGGUUACGUGAUUCAUGCAUAGCCUCUUCAGCCUGUCUGUCCUGACGUGUAAAAUUUAACUGUAAAAUUUAGUUGAUAGUGCAGUGAUAUAGACGGGGCGCCUCGUGUUAGUAAUGAAUUCUGUUAUGAUCAUGAAGUGUUUUCUUGAUGGAAUAUUUGAACAAUCUUCAGUUAAGAAACUUUUCUUUUGUCUGACUAUGGAUCCGCUAUAUCAAGGAUUCGGUAAGCUGCAGUAUAAAUAGGUAUAGUUGGUUUAAGCCAAAAUACAUUUGUUUGCCAAUUAAAUGGGUUUUCUUAAUUGAAAACUCUGACAAAUGGAAAUGGUGCCUAAAGAACAUAGUGUUUCUUUCUAUUUAGUCAAAGUGCUGAAAUAUCGACUUUAUGAUUACGACCCUAGCGUUUAUUCAGAACUUUGAGCGAAGAUAGAUAGCUUUAGUGGAACUCAAAUUAGAUAAAUAUAUGCUCAAUGUAUGUAAAUAUGUUUGUUGGAUAACAUGGUAUAUUAUUGAUAACAUGGUAUAUUAUUAGGGAUAUCUAGGCAUGAGAUUGUGGCCAGUAAUGGGUAAAGAUAUAUAAAACUGCCAUUUGAUCGAACUUCAACAUAAAUGAUUGCGCAUCUAAGUAGUGCUUAUUAGACUAUUAUUGCUCGCUGUCACGUAUAAAAAUUAAUAUUCAUCUGUAAUUUCCUUAAUUUAGUAGGUGUGCUGUUUGUCGGGCCACUUAAAGUAGCUACAUUAGGUAAACAGUUUCUUUUACUGGUCACUUGAAGCUCCGGGAAGAUAUGUGCGCGAGACAAAGCUGACAGGUGAAAUAUUUUUCCCUUUGAGAAAAAAAAGCUUUCUUUUUCCAAUAAAACAAAAUGGUAAUUGGUCGGUCGUAAACAUGUAACAACCACUAGCGUCGUCGCCUCUGAUAUAGUAUCAAAUGGAUACAUGUAUAUCUCUGUGCAAAUUGUGUUGCGUGAAAGUGUGCUGAACAUGUGUAUAAUUACAAAACAUGUGCGAAGUAUUUUCGUGUUUUUAUCAUUCUUUUGAUAUUUUAUAGUACACGAGUCACCGUCGCCUACGCAGGUAGCGACAGUAAAUGUUAUUAUAGUCAAGUUCCUUGCGAAUCAUAUUAACAAACUUCGAAUAUAUUCAAUGUAAGUGUAUGUAAAAAAAAAAGCUUAGAGCAACUAAUUCCUUCAUAAUUUUCCUGUUCGUUUCACUAUGGACUUUAUAGUGUUGUAGAGCUUCUCUGCUGUCUAUAACUAUACAACAAUCUGUCUGCGAUUCCGGCCGCGUCUGCCAUUCUUAGCCGUUGUCGGCAUUUCUGAUGAUGUCGCGUAGUGUCAGCCGCAGCCGAUCUCCAUCGAAGUGCUCCUCAGUCAGCUCGCACAAGCGAAAGCGAGACCGCGGCGACAGGGAGCGUGAACGAGGUCGAGAGAGAGGUCGCGAACGCGAGGGUCGCGAUAGCUCAAGAGAUAGGUCGUCCAGACGCCACAAGAAGUCCAGCCACAAGGAGUCGCGACAUGGAAAAUUGUCGAAGCGACGUCACGAAGAUGUGCCACGGGCGUACCGUCAAAGUCGCAGCGCUUCAACGAGCUGCGGUAGAAGUUCCAGUUCAGACAACAAUAACGAUGACGAGAAAGGAAAGGACAGAGACAGAGAUCGAGACAGAGAAAAAGAAAAGACCUCAGUCGAACAGCCGCCUACCAAGAAGAAGCCUCGCAAAGAGGCGACGCCUGAGCUGGAUCCAUUUGAAGUACGCCGGCGUGAGCUGAUGCGCGAGAAGGAAAUUACAGCAGAAGUUGAAAGGCGUUUGGCCGAAAUCUUGCCGCAAAAAGUUGAAGAAGAAAUGGAAUUGCGGAGAGAAAAGAUGCGGCAGGACAUUCGACUUGAAAUGGAAGAACAGGCCAAAAGGAAUUCUGAGGAGCUGCGACUUGAGAACCAGUUGCUCAAAGAGGAGAUGAAGACGAAGCUAGAGGAGUCCCAGAAGGAACUGGAUGAAGCCCGCGAACAGCUUCAGGCGCUGCGGGAGCAGACUGACGAAAGCGUCCACAAAGUGGCCGAAGACAGGUUGAAACUCCUCGAGGAGCGCCGAAAGCUGGAUGAAGAUCGAAUGGCCCUCGAGCAGGAGAAACGGGAACGGAAGAAAGCUGAACAACAUCUGAUCCUUAACAAAACUGGCAAAGCGCGACCUAAGCUAGCGUUCUCUUUCAAGUAGCGGCAGCAUCAACUACAAUAAGUAGGUUUUAGAAGGUGAGCUUCAUAGUAAUGCUGUAAUUAAGAUGUAUAUAUUUCGCACAGCUGCUAGUGGGGUUUACGUGUUAAUUGUUCAUUUCCUGACUAUGCACUGUAGAAUACAUGUUUAUUUAACUAAACGCGUAAAUUCCGAUAGCCGUCAGUGGCGAUGCUUCGUGUGGGUAUCCAUUGUACUAAUAAAACGCAAUAGGAAAUGUAAUAAUGUUUUC